AUUCGCUCUAAAAAUUAUACAAAAUGGUGUCCGAUUUCAGAAAGAAGAAACUCGUACAUGUCUUCACGGCUUUCUUUGACACCAACAAGAGCGGUAGCAUUGACAAGAAGGAUUUCGUAUUAGCUAUCGAGAAGACCGCAAAAUUGAGAGGAUGGAAAGAAGGUGAUGUUACAUACAAACUACUCCAGGAAACGUUGAUGGCUGUAUGGGAAGGUAUCCAAAGUAGUGCCGACGCUGACAAGGAUGGACAGGUGACAUUAGACGAAUGGAUCUCAAUGUGGGAUAAUUUCUCGAAGAAUCCCGCUAAAGCUGCAGAUUGGCAGAGACUGUAUGCCAAAUGCAUCUUCCAGCUUGAAGACUCUAGCAACGAUGGGGCUAUUGAUAGUGAGGAAUUCUCUUCUGUUUAUGCUUCUUUAGGCUUGGAUAAAGUGGAGGCGACUGCUGCCUUCGGAAAGAUGGCUCAAGGCAAGGACAAGGUCAAUUGGGAAGAGUUCGAGAAACUAUGGAAUGAGUACUUCGCAUCCGAAGACGUGAACGCCCCUGGCAAUUUCAUCUUUGGCAAAACAAGUUACUGAUUUGAUUUGUUGAUAAUCUGAUUGUGCAUUUACGUAAUAAGUGAUUGUGAUACUAAUGGUGUGAUUAAUUGUUCAACUAAUCUGAAAGCGAAUGAUAAAUUAUACGUUUAUUUAUU